GUUCGAUCUUGAACGGUCGCGCCGUCCUUUUGCUGUCGAAUAUCGUACCGUCGGCGACACGAUGAGCAGUGGCGGUAGCAGCAACAACAACGUGUACCUGAGCAGCCAUCGUCCCCGGUACCCCGUCGUCGAAUGGACCGACGACACGUGUGCGCAGUACUUGACCGUCAUGGAAGGCCUCCUCGCUGACGCGCUGGACGCCGACCUUGUCAAGUCGACUGUCCAUCGAACGUACGAGGUUGCCCGCGACACGAACGAAUGGAGUGUAUACCACCGCGUGGUCCCGCCGCGGCGCCACGAAUACGUUUGCAUUGGGAAGCUCAAGACUACCCUGUCGGCGAUCCAAGCGGCGCUGUACACGAAAGACUCGUUUGAGUUUCGAUCGGUGUGUGCGCUGUUGUACCCGGCGCACAUUGAGGACGCGGCGCUACUGCAAGUCGUGCACCAGCGCACGCGAGCCGAUCGCGGCCGGUUCUUCGGAAUCAAAUUCGUCGCCCUCAAUGCUCCGUCAGGGUUGGACGCAAAGACGACCGUCAAGGAGUUUCUCUACGUCGAAUACAGCGGCACAUGCUCGGAUGGGCGCGGCGUGUCGACGUAUUUUGUCUUGACGUGUCCACUGUCGGCGACCCAGGGCCUGUGCGCGAACGCUGGUUGCGUCAAGCUCUAUCGGCAGCAGUCGCCCUUCGUUGUCGAAGUUACCACGCGCGCCAUUGUCGUCCAAAAGCAACCUGACGGGCGCGGCAACCGGGGGUCGGUCGGACUUGCCAUGCAACACGCGCUGUCGCAAGGCCAGUUGAUGUACUGGAAGGCGUUGGACGUCCUCAUCCCCCGCGGACUCGCCAAGGACCUCCUGUCUCUGCCGCAGGAAGCAACUUUGCCAGAGUCCCGCCGGCUAGCCACGGGGCCAUUUGCCCAAGCGUGGGGACACAGCUACAAGUGUGUGACGUGUCAAAAGUCCUUUCACCUGCUGCGCCGCAAGCACCAUUGCCGUCACUGCGGAUGGAGCAUGUGCGGCAACUGCAAAACCGUGCUGCCGUGCGUGGAUCGAUCUCGUGACGUUGGGGUGUUUCUGUCGACGGAGACGUUUUGCAAGUCAUGCUUGGUGCAAGCCCGCUUGGAAGCGUACCAAGCCCCGCCGGCCGUCGCGAGUGCCGCGCACGACAGCGACCUGGACUCGUUUGAAGCCAUUCAAUUGUACGAUCCCGAGCAUCGCAAUACGGAAGAGAUUCUCGAUUUGCCAGCCACGCCGACGAACGACGCAAUCGAAUACAGGACGUCGCGAGGAAGCCCAACCCCGUCGUCAGCAUUCAACCUUCCCGCGAAUUCCCAGCACCGCAACAUGAUGCUGGUUGACGCCCCGCCCCGCCACCGCGACCUCACGAUGAUUCGGCUCUACAACGGGCCAGCGAGUGUCGCUCCCGGGAGCAAUCAAAUGGAGUUCUUGACCGACUAUGAUCACAGCGACAGUGCCAAGCCUUCGCAUCACCGGACGUCGCUACCGGCACGUCCUUCCUUCCAGCGAUAUUAAUCUGUAACCGAUCGAGUCGUUGUGUGUUGUCGGCGUGCGACCGCGUAACGGUGCGCCC